AACAAGUUUAUACAUUUGUUAUUGUAACGCAAGUGUUAUUGGAUUCUUGACAGUCUUGAAAAUAUUCGGGAUUUGUAAGUCACAAAACCCAGCACCCCUCCGGGUAUGGCGUAUUGGAACAGUCCGACAGAUUUUAUACAGUGGACCAGCGCCGCCCUAGAAAGGAGUGAAGAGACAGGUAAAAUGGAGAGUGAGGUCAGUGCGGAGCUUUACAAGAUGUGGUUAGGCACCUAUGCAGUCCCACAGGCGGGUCACUGUUGGGAAUAUACUGAUGACUCCUGGAAUCCCGAUGGGGAAAUGUGCUCUGAUAGAGCCCCCUGCUGUAGGCUCCUGGACAUGAGCGAUGAAGUCCUGCUAAUGGUGCUGGAGUUGCUGGAUCCUUUUUCCCUGCUUAAACUUGGAGGAGCCUGUAGAACAUUGUAUAGGAUCAGCAACACGGACAGCCUGUGGGCCCGACAUUGUAGGCUUGUCUUUGGCUCUGGUUUUAGAAAUGGUUGCACUGACUACACCCCAAAGGAAGCAUUUAAGCUGUUAUACAUGUGGGGAAAGUUGUACAAGACCCUGCCUUGCAACAGACAAUUGCAGGACUUGCUGUUUUCAGGGUUACCCCUAAAAAGAUACUGGAUACAGUGGCUCACUUUAGAAGAAAUGGUUCCUCUUCCUCCUGUCCAGCUAACUGAUCAGGCUAUUAAAGCUAUAUGGGGAAUUAAUAAAGACCAACUGGAUGAAAAACAUAAAGUUACAGAUGAAUCCUUAGAAGAUGCAGACAACUGCCUGUAUAGAUAUGACUGGAAGGAACUACAUAAUAUGGCAAUGAAGUACCAUGGGGAUUUUACAAAGCUUCAAUCUCAUGUUCUUCAAAAAAUGAGUAUGAAAUGUCAUGAGGAUCUGGAGUGGUUAUAUUGCCAGUUUAUGCACUAUCGUUUUCAGUGGCUCUUUUCUUAUUGGCUAUUUGGCCUUUCCAAAUCCUGUGCCAAGCAGCUGCAGAGAAUCUUUUUAUGGUGGAAACGGUUUGACAAAAGAAAAGUGUCUUCUUGGGGUUCUUCAGCCUGUGAUGUUGAGUACUUGGCUUCUCUUCAUGCGAUCACAGAUGACUACUGGAAUGGAAAGCUGGCAUGUGGAGAUGAGAAUAUAGGUAUUCAGACAGUAGAAAACUACUUUUCUAUGUGCCGAUCUCUACUGGCCUGGAUCCUAGGCCGAAAGUGGGGGAGAUUUAAACAGAAGAAGGUCUAUCAAGACACGUUAGAUGGUGUGUACAGAAUGCUAAAAGCAGAAAUGCAGGUUUCUGUUGUUAAUCAUGAGCAGUUCUGGGCAGCAGCUAAAGUCCAGAUGAUGAGAAUAUGCACCCUGGAAGAGACAGCUGGCAACUAUGUUAACUGGAAAUUGAUAGACUCCUUGCCAUGUUACAGGCUAUACAUGACGUUUGGCGAUUCCUUCUAUCUGGAACAUAUUAAAGGAUUUUUAACUAGAAAGCAACUUAUAAGUAACUGGCUUCUUAAAGAAGAGAACUUUUGGGUUAGGAACCUUCUACCAGAAAGCUUGUUUUACCUACUGGAGUACGACACCAAGAUCUAUGAAGAGAGACUUCAUGGUGAUACUAUGGUUGCACACCUUACCAGGCUUAUCUGGCUGUAUCUGCAUUCCGGCCAUCAGCUAUACAUUGAUGCAAUGAAAGGAUUUGUCUAUGAAUGUGCUUAUGCCAGUUUUGCAUCCCAAAUCUAUGAGAGUGGAACUAUAAGCCCUUUUUAUACUUUUAACAACACUUUUUUUGUAGACUUUUAAAAAACAUUUUUUACUAGAAUUCAUGCACUUUUCUGCAGUUUUUAGAAUUGCUCCCUGGGAUGUUUAUUUUUAUUUUUUUAUAGAUGCACUACAGUAACUCUUUGGAGCAUUCUGGACUGCUAAACAUUAUCCUAAUAUUUAGGGAAUUUAUUGUAUCUGAAAUAGAUUCACAGAGCAUGUAACAGAUGUUAUCCAUUAGGAUUAGUGUUAUUAAAUGUUUGAUAUUUUAGUAUCAUGUAAAACACUGCCUGUUCUCAACUUAGAGCAUCAGUAUUUGUACCAUCAACCAAAUUCCCCUCUCAUAAAAUCUGCUGGGGACAGUACAGUGCUUGCUUUAAUUAUAAUAAUUUGACAGAUAAUCCGAUAUGAAUAUUGACAGAUGUUUAAAAGCAACUGACUUAUUGGUUCUUAGGGUGGGGUUUUACUAGAACUGAAGCAAACUCUACACCUUACUCCCUUUAUCUUGUAGCAGAGUAAAGGUAUGUUGUGCCAUGCUGCAGACCUAUCUGACCAGUGGCUCUUCACCUGUACUAUGGUUGCUAGGAGUUGUAGAGCAGUUGGAAGGUUUAGUCUUGAACACUGCCUACCAUAUUACAUUAGUAUUGUGUUCAUGUAGCAGAAGCACUUCUCCAGGUUUAGAAACAUUAAAUCUGU